AUGGAGAAAAGUCGGCAUUCCAUACCUUCUUUAUCAUUUUCUGGUCUUUCUUUUUUUUUUUACCCUAUUCUUCUAUUUCCAAACAGCAGACUUCACUUCAAGUUAUACAGACAUCACCAAAUUGCUAACAUGUUUGCUACUGGUGCUAGUGAUAUGAAGUUCGUUGCGAGAAAAGGGACGUCUUCUUGGAAGUUUAUAACCUUUGUGGCUAUUGUUCUCAUAUAUGGUUCGGUUUUGCUAAUAUCAGAGAUAAAGAGUCUGUAUGUGGUCCGCAAAACUCUCCAAACACAAGAUUUUGGAAUACAUAGUGUGUAUCCGCUCAAAUAUAUGGAUGCGAGUGAUACAAGUGGUGACACACGAAGGAAACCACUCACUUUACAAGACUUGAGAAAUGGCACUUUUCUGCCAGAAACUAAAGAUAUCCAAUGGAUAUCAACACCGACUUCAUUAAUUGACGACUCUGGUGAUUUUGUUGUUGUUGAAAAUGACAGAUAUUAUUUGAAAAGCUUGAAUGAUUCCGAAAGUUCCACUCUUCUUUACGACUUAGGAACAAAUUUAGAAAUCAACAAUGUCACUUACAAUGUUGAAGAUAUAACUUUCAGUAAUGACCUAAAAAUUGCCCUAUUGACUUGUAAUAAAGUUCAAAAUUGGAGACACUCAUACUUUGCAUCAUACCUUAUCUACAAUGUUGAGACAAAGGAUAUCAGGCCGCUGAUUGAUGGUGAAGAUAAUAAAGAUGUUGCUCUUGCAGUCAUUUCACCGGACUCGAGUAAAAUCUCCUAUGUCUUGCGCAACAAUAUCUACAUAACAGACAUCUCUAACUUUGGUGUGCCCGAAACUAGACAAAUAACAUCAGAUGGAAGCGCCCAAAUAUUCAAUGGUAAACCUGACUGGGUGUAUGAGGAGGAGGUUUUUGAAUCUGAUACCGCACUAUGGUGGUCACCAGAUUCUUCUCACUUGGCAUUUUUACAUUCAAAUGACACUGAGGUGCCAGAAUAUCCAAUAACGUACUUUGCUAGGGAGAAUCCAGGUGACACGGCAUCGUAUCCAUCAGUGGAGAAGAUAAAAUAUCCGAAAGCUGGCUUUCCUAAUCCAAUUGUUGAUAUAUUGAUCUACGAUUGCAACCAUGAAGUUUUGAAAUAUUUACCUGAGGAGGAUCCAUUUUAUAAUGAUGCCGAAAUAAGUAACCUCGAUAGACUUAUCACCGAAGUUACAUGGGUCGGUAACGAACAGGCUUUGGUGCGAGUGACAAACAGGGAAUCUGACGUUUUAAAGAUUUUUAUUAUAUCUUGUCCAUCUAAUACUUUAGAAGUUUCGUCAUUUAUUAGCAGGUUCCUAGAUGGCAGAGAGGAAAAAUCUUGGUUUGAGAUUUCUCAUAACACCAUGUUCAUACCAAAGUCUGAAAACAGAAAAUAUAACGGUUACAUUGAUGUUAUUGAUGUAGACGGUUAUGAUCAUCUAGCCUAUUUUGCUCCCCCGGAAUCAUCGGAGCCUAGUGUUAUACUGACAACGGGCGAAUGGGAAGUUGUCAAUGGACCAGUUGCCUAUGAUCAUGUUUUGGAAAAACUCUACUAUGUUUCAACUGAAAAGUCAUCCAUGGAAAGACAUGUUUACUCGAUCGGUAUUGAUGGUAAAGGUAAAACAAAUAUUACGAACACUGAAGAACCUGCAUGGUAUGACGUAUCAUUUUCAAAGGGAGCCAGGUACCUGCUCUUGUCGAACCAAGGACCUAAUGUUCCAUAUCAAAUUAUCUUAGAUCUCCACAAAGGCACAUCUACUCCUUUUACAGAGAACCACCAAUUGGAAAAGAUAUUGGAGGAAUAUGAAAUUCCCGAGACUAUCUAUGGAAAUAUCACUUUAAAAGAUGGUACUAUUGUCAACUGCAAGGAAACCUUACCUCUGAAUUUCGAUAAAUCAAACAAGUAUCCGUUAUUAUUUUUUGUUUACGGAGGACCAGGAUCCCAACUAGUACAAAAAUCAUUUGCUGUUUCAUUUUCUUCGAUUAUUGCAGCAGAGUUCAAUACUGUUGUUGUAACAGUUGAUGGGCGUGGCACAGGUUUUAGAGGCAAAAAAUUCCGUAAUAUUGUCCGAGAUAAUUUAGGCCAUUUUGAGGUUAAUGAUCAAGUGCAAGCUGCUGAACAUUGGAUAUCUAGAGGAUAUAUUGACAAGGCGCGUACUGCCAUUUGGGGGUGGUCUUAUGGUGGAUAUAUGACCCUCAAGACCAUGGAAUUUGAUGCUGGCAAGACAUUUAAAUUUGGAAUGUCAGUGGCUCCUGUGACUGAUUGGAAACUGUAUGAUUCAGUGUACACAGAGCGGUACAUGCAUACACCGCAACAAAAUCCAGGUGGGUAUGAAGAUGCGAGAGUCUCCAAUGUUACCAACUUCAAAGGUGUUAAACGGUUCCUAAUUAUGCAUGGUACCGGUGAUGAUAACGUACAUUUUCAAAACACUAUGCAAUUAAUAGACGCGUUCGACAUUGAAGGUGUUGAAAACUAUGAUAUGCAUGUUUUUCCGGAUAGCGAUCAUAGCAUUCGUUGGCAUAACGCUGGUACAAUGGUCUAUAAUAGACUCUUCACCUGGUUGGGGAAUGCAUUUAGUGGCGAAUACGAAAAUGCGUUUUAUUUACAAGACACAUUAGGUGCCUCUCAGUACGGAUUCGACGAUUUUAUAGAUUUAUAUGGGUAG